AAUGACCGCACGAGUCGAGCCGUGGGACCUUGCGUGCGCUGCCAUGUCAAAAGCGUGCGCAUGAUCGCACCGCACCUUGCUCUCUUCUUCCUUUAUUUUUUUGCCUUACCAUUUCUCCUCGAUCCUCUCUUCUAUUAUAUUUCAGGGAAUAUAAAAGUAGAAGUGGUGGAAGAGAGAACAGAGGAGAAGAGAGGGAGAUCCAUAUCAGAUGGUCUUCACCUCCUCCUGGAUAUCUCCUGAUCGGAUUCGGAUCUCCUGUCGGUCGUCGACUCGGUCGUAGAGUAAGGAGAGGGAAGCGAGGAUGUCGAAUCUUUACGGGGAAUUCAACCAGAAGAUCGACUAUGUGUUUAAGGUGGUGCUGAUCGGGGACUCGGCGGUCGGGAAAUCGCAGCUGCUAGCGCGCUUCGCCCGCAACGAAUUCAGCCUGGAUUCCAAGGCCACCAUCGGCGUCGAGUUCCAGACCCGCACCCUCACCAUCGACCACAAGACCGUCAAGGCUCAGAUUUGGGACACCGCCGGCCAAGAACGGUACCGGGCAGUGACAAGUGCAUACUACAGAGGUGCAGUGGGGGCAUUGCUGGUCUAUGAUAUGACCAAGCGCCAGUCAUUUGAUCACAUGGCAAGGUGGCUGGAGGAACUACGUGGGCAUGCCGACAAGAACAUAGUUAUCAUGCUCAUUGGGAACAAGUCGGACCUUGGGACCCUUCGUGCCAUCCCCACAGAGGAUGCAAAGGAAUUUGCGCAGCGUGAGAACCUCUUCUUCAUGGAGACAUCUGCACUCGAGGCCACUAAUGUUGAGACUGCUUUCCUGACUGUCCUCACUGAGAUUUACCGCAUCAUUAGCAAGAAGGCUCUUGUUGCCAAUGAGGAGCCUGAAUCCGGGGGGAACUCAAGCCUACUAAAAGGAACUAAGAUAGUUGUCCCUGGACAGGAGCAACCAAGUGGGACCAAAUCUGCAUGUUGUAUGUCCUCGUAGGUGGCAUGGUCUCUCAUCAGGCUACCUUCUUUUGUCAAGUCUUGGUUGAUUUUUCCAUAUUCCGAGUUUUUGCAUGCUUGCCAUUUUUUAAAAGUUUACUAGGAACCGUCAUUUACUGGAUUAUUGAAUGCUGUACUCUUUCCUUUCUUUCUUUUUCCUUCCUUGUCCCUGAUUCCAUCUUCUGUAACGUAACGAGAGCACAUGGAAUGAUUCUAAAGUGCAGAAAGUAGUGGAUUUAUAGUCCCAUGUCUUAUGCGUUUUCCAAUUUUAUCAAACUAAUCAUUUUUAAUCUUGUAA